CACUGCAGUUUUCUCCGACUACAGCGGUUCCUGGUGAAGAAAACACUCUACAGAUCUCAGCUCAGCCUGGUUCACUGUGUGGCCUCAGUACUGUAGAUCAGAGCGUCCGGAUCAUGGAGUCCGGGAAACAUCUAGAUGCUGACAAAGUUUUUAAGCUGUUGCCAGCCAGGCUUUUUCCAUAUGACAUUGAAGAUCAAGAGGAUUGCUUUAAUAUUGGAUCUAUAAAAAGUUCUCAGUCUCUUCUUCCUCCACCUCCAUAUACACCAAUGCCAUUCUACCCUUACCCCUCAGAGAGUAAGGCAGAUGCUGUCUAUGCGAGUUUCAGGAACAUGGGAUUGAAGGUGGUGACAAAUUUGAUUAUUAAAAUGCCAUCCUGUAUUAAAUUUAGAGAUGCAUUUUAUCAGAGAAUGUUUGGUGUUCCAGGUUCUAUGGGUUUUGUUCACCCACCAUCUUAUGGAGGCAUGGCAGGAGCUAUCCCAGGAAAUGCUGGAGUUGGAGCAGGUCCAAUAGGUCCAGUGUGUCUGCCAGGUGCAGUGGGUCCGCCAGGUGCAGUGGGUCCAGGGGCUGGAAUGAGUCCAAUGGGUCUAGGAUUUCCAGUUGGAGCAGCUGGAGUUGGAAGUAUAGGAACUGGUAUUGCUCUCACACCUCUACCCGAGGAAACCAUUCGCACAUUCUUCCCAGAAACUUGGAUCUGGGAACUUGUUGAGGUUGGGGACUCUGGAUCAGCUCAGGUUCCUGUCACGGUUCCUGACACCAUCACCUCUUGGGACACGGAGGCCUUCUGUCUGUCCUCCAAAGGUCUGGGUCUGGCUCCUCCUGCUCAGCUGACAGUUUUCCAGCCCUUCUUCCUGGAGCUCUCUCUGCCUUACUCCAUCAUCCGUGGGGAGAUCUUUGAGCUGAAGGCCACUGUCUUCAACUAUCUGUCCAAGUGCAUCAUGGUUAAAGUGGCUCCAGCUCCUUCCUCAGACUACACUCUCAAAGCCUCCUCUGAUGAUCAGUAUUCAUCCUGUCUGUGUGCUAAUGGAAGAAAAACCUUUAAAUGGAUCCUUACUCCUCCUGUUCUCGGAGUCUUGAAUAUUACAGUCAGUGCAGAGGCAGAGGCGUCCCAGACUGUGUGUGACAAUGAGAUUGUGAGCAUGCCAGAGAGAGGACGCAUUGACACGGUCACACAAAGCUUGCGUGUAAAUGCUGAAGGAAUCAAAAAGACUAACAGCCACAGCUGGCUGCUUUGCCCCAAAGGGCAAAACCUCUUGGAGGAAGUAGAGCUGGCAUUUCCCAAAAAUAUGAUAGAGGGAUCAGGAAGAGCUGCUGUUUCAGUGCUUGGAGACAUAUUGGGUCGUGCACUAAGGAAUCUUCACGGAUUAUUACAGAUGCCGUAUGGCUGUGGAGAACAAAAUAUUGCUGUUCUUUCUCCCAAUAUUUACAUUCUGCAGUAUCUGGAAAACACAGAGCAGCUCACCUCAGCCAUCCGAGAGAGAGCCACCGGCAUCCUUAAGAGUGGGUAUCAAAGGCAACUCAACUAUGAGAAUUCAGAUGGAUCAUAUUCUACAUUUGGAAAGGGAGAAGGAAAUACAUGGCUGACCGCAUUUGUGCUGAGGACUUUUGGGAAAGCACAGCGUUACAUCUUUAUUGACCCCCAAAAAAUUCAGAAUUCAAAGCAAUGGCUGAUACGCCACCAAAAACCAUAUGGUUUAUAUGAGAGCAGGGGAAAACUUUUCAAUAACAGAAUGAAGGGGGGUGUAAGUGAUGGUGUGACCAUCACUGCCUAUAUAACUGCAUCACUACUCGAGCUGAACACAUCAGUUAUGGAUCCUGCUGUGAGCAAAGGUCUGUCAUACUUAAAGCAUUUUGCUGGCGAUAUCCGAAACACUUAUACCACUGCUCUGCUCGCCUACACUUUCAGUCUGGCUAAAGACAAAGCAACUCGACAGCAGCUUUUCAAGAAACUGGAGGAUGCUGCUAUUUCAGAUGGGUCUCAUCUCCACUGGUCUCAGUCUGCAUCUGCUGAUGACUCUGAUUCUCUGGCAGUGGAGAUCAGCUCAUAUGUGCUGCUAGCUGCUCUCACUGCAGAUUCACUCACUACAGCUGAUCUGGGCUUUGCUAACAGGAUUGUCAGCUGGCUUGUGAAGCAGCAGAAUGCCUAUGGAGGAUUCUCCUCCACACAGGACACAGUGGUGGCUCUUCAGGCUUUGUCUUUGUACGCCACCAAAGUGUUCAGCUCUGAUGGCUCCAGCACAGUGACUGUACAGUCAGCAGCAGACACUCACCACUUUGAUGUCAAUCAGGACAACAAGUUACUGUACCAGGAGAAGCAGCUGCAGAACGUUCCAGCCAAAUACAGCAUUGAAGUGAAGGGCUCAGGCUGUGUGUCUGUGCAGAUGUCUCUUUUCUACAAUAUCCCCACUCCCAAGGAUUCUAAGGCAUUACAAAUCUUUGCUAGGACUGUGGGACUGUGUCAGAGCGGGACAGGACAAAUUCUGGAUGUCGUAUUAGAUAUUAUAUAUACAGGGACACAAGACAGUUCUAACAUGGUCAUUGUAGAUAUGAAACUCUUAUCUGGUUUCAAACUAGAGCCCUCUUCCCUGGAUGCGUUAAAGAAAUCAGUACAUCGUGUUGAAUCCAAAGAUGACCAUGUGAUCAUGUAUCUUCAAGAGGUUCAAAAGUACACGCUCUUCCGCCAAACACUACGUACUAAACAAAUCUUCUCAGUUAAAAACCUCAAGCCAGCGGUUGUAAAAGUCUAUGAUUACUACCAGACCAGUGAGCGGUCUGAAGCAGAAUACUUUAAUCACUGUGCCUGAGGAAGGAUACCACAGAAGAGACAACAGAUGUCUUCACACCAAUUAAAUAUGUUACUCUGUGCUAUUAUAUUGGAUUAGCAUAAAUAAUUAUGAAUAUUUUUUUCUGUCAUGACAG